GCUUAGUACCAACAUAUCGUAGGCAAGACAUGGAAACGCCACACUUCGACCAUCUUACCUCGCAGGACUACGAGCACGUCUACGAGCCGGCCGAAGAUUCGUUUUUGCUGCUCGACGCCUUGGAAGCCGAUUUGCCGUUCUUGAAUGGGUUGCAGCCACGUCUUUGCGUUGAGAUUGGAUCAGGCUCGGGGAUCAUCAUUACUGCCCUAUCCAAGCAGCUCGCCAACACCUCCCUUUGCCUGGCCACGGACAUAAAUCCGAAGGCCUGUGACGCCACCAGACGCACUGCAAGGCACAAUGGAGGACGCGUUGACAGCGUAAACUGCAAUUUGGCCGAUGUUCUUCGCAAGCGUUUAGUGGACGUGCUGCUUUUCAAUCCUCCCUACGUUGUGACCAGCGACGAUGAGUUGCAGUGUCAGAUGUUCGGGCCUGGGUCGGCAGGAGAAAGCAACCUUUCGACGGAGCGCAAUCUAGUUUACUCGUGGGCCGGCGGCAAGGAUGGCCGUCGUGUUACCGACACUCUAAUACAGCAACUCGAUGACAUUCUCUCGCCGCUUGGCGUCCUCUAUUUGCUGCUGCUGCGGGAGAACAAACCGAACGAAAUUAUCAAACGAUUGGAUAGUCUGCGUUUUAAGGCUGUUAAGUUCAUGGAACGACGCAUUCCCGGCGAAUAUCUGUACAUACUGAAAGUAACCAGGUUGCCAUCAUGACUUUAGCAAUAAACGAUUUUUCUCGUUCUUCAAAGGUU